GUCGUCGGGCGCAGUCGGUCAGUUGCGAGCGGUCGUCGGCUCGGUGAGCAGGUCGGCAGCCGAGCUCCCGCCUCGACGCCAGCAGCGCCGCCGCCACCGCCCGCCCGCGCACACUCUGCGGCAGCCACAGGUGAUCGAAGAUGGCGCGCCCGGGGUCCGAGGGCUGGAGAUUCGUGGACAUCGCGGUCACGAUCGCACUCGUCGCAGCCACACUCUCAGCGUGCGAUGCGGCCGUGGCGUUCGAGAAGCUGACAGAUAUGGACUACAGGGGCAACACCUACUACACCAUCCGCAACUUGACCCUGUACGAGUGCCAGGGCUGGUGCAGGGAGGAGCCCGAGUGCCAGGCAGCCUCAUUCAGCUUCGUCACGAACCCACUGACGCCGGUGCAGGAGACGGUGUGCUUGCUGCAGAACGAGACGUCCGCCAACAACCCGUCGGCCCUGCCUAAGCCGGCCGUCAGCACCUACUACAUGAUCAAGCUCAGAAUACGCUCCGACAACGUUUGCAACCGUCCUUGGACGUUCGAGCGUCUGCCCAAGAAGAUGCUGCGCGGCCUGGAUAAUGCUCUCAUGUUCACCUCGACCAAGGAGGCUUGCCUGGCCGCCUGUCUGAACGAGCGCCGGUUCCCGUGCCGCUCGGCCGAGUACAGCUACAUGACCCUCCAGUGCCACCUCUCCGAGCACGACCGGCGCUCCGUCGACGAGACCAUCGAGAUGGUGGACGCCGACCAGGUCGACUACUUCGAGAACCUCUGCCUCACCGGUGACCAGGCGUGUAAGGGUGACCGGGAGUUCCCCACACCCGACAUUGGCGUGCCGAACGAUGUCAUUAAUCGCUACGUAGACACGCACUACUACGUCGACCUGGAGCUGAUGGCCAACAACAUGGAAGCGUGCCGGCGCGCCUGCGAGAUCGAGAACGAGAUCAUGUGCCGGUCGUUCCUGUACCGCGGCCCGCCGACCGGCACCACCUACAACUGCCAGCUGUUCCACCUGGACCACGUGACACUGCCGGAGGGCGCGCUGACUUUCCUCUCCAGCGAGCAGCCCCUGCUUGAUGUGGGGCGCGAGCCGGGCGUCUAUCAUGAGAACGUCUGCAAAAAGCCGACUGACAACAUGAUAUGCCGCCAAGUAGUCACCAAGAACAAACGCUACAUCACCCAAAUAAUGUGCUAUGAGAAACCCAAAAGUAGGCAAACAGGAGUGUUUAGCUUCAGGGCAGGAUCGCUGGACGGCGGCGCCCCACCGGCCGGCGGACCUGAGCCGGGAGCCGGCGAGCCCGGCCCCUCUGGCGUCGGCCCGACCUCGGCCGGAGACGCAGCUGGUGGAGAAAGCGACGGAGGGGGAACACAGGUGGUGACGAUCCCCGACCUACCGACCGGUGGCAGCGGGGGCGCACCGGGCACACCGGGCGCAGGUGGCGCUGGUGACGGCUCGCCAGGUGGCUCUAGUGGCGGCAGUCCAGAUGGCGGCAGCGGCGCUACUCCGGGUGCUGUCGACAACGGUACCCCGGGCAGUGCCAGCGGUGGUGGCGACUCCACCGGCGGCAACGGAAUCGACCAGUCUGCUGGCGAGGGCAACGACGUCAACUGCGACUCGACCGGCACCUGUUACGAUGUGUCGGUGCAGUGCAAGGACACACGCAUCGUGGUGUUGGUGGGCACCAACCGACCCUUCAACGGUCGUAUCUACGCACUGGGCCGCUCGGAGACGUGCAACGUGGCCGUGGUGAACUCGGAUAAGUUCCGACUGGACCUGAGCCUUUCCGGCCAGGACUGCAACACCCAGUCCAUGGGCACCGUGUACUCCAACACCGUGGUGGUCCAGCACCACUCGGUGGUCAUGACCAAGACGGACAAGAUCUACAAGGUGCGCUGUACGUACGACAUGUCCUCCAGAAACAUCACCUUCGGCAUGAUGCCCAUCAGUCAAGCGGCGCAAGACCCCAACUCAGAGUUCUAUGACCCUAACUUUGAGGCAGGCCCGAUGGGACAGCUGUUGAUACGGGAUCCCGACAUGAUUUCCAUCACCUCUGCCCCGGCUGCGCCGCCACCUAAGAUCUCCAUCUUGGACUCGUCCGGACGGGAGGUGGAGACCGUCCGCAUCGGAGACAAGCUCACAUUCCGCAUCGAGAUCCCCCCCAGCAGUGGGGUUCAUGAGUACCGCAUGGGGUCAUCACCCCCGUACGGCAUCUUCGCUCGCAACUGUGUGGCCAUGGCCAAGGACGCGAAGAGCACCUUCCAGAUCAUCGACGAUCAGGGGUGCCCGAUCGACCCCAACAUCUUCCCGCGCUUCACGUCCAACAUCAACUCCCUCGAGUCCACCUACGAGGCCUUCCGCUUCACCGAGUCGUACGGUGUCAUCUUCCAGUGCAACGUCAAGUACUGUCUGGGCCAGUGUCAGCCGGCCCAGUGCUCGCACAACGGCAAGCAGUUCGAGUCCUGGGGCCGCAAGAAGCGUGCGCUUACCCCGACCAUGCUGGUGGAGGACCCGCGCGAUCCCGAGUCGAUGACUCUGAGUCAGGAGAUCCUGGUGCUGGACUUCGGCGACGAGCCGGACGCGCGGCCGCAGCAGCAGCAGCGCAGCAGCCUGCCCGAGGUGGAGGUACCGCCAUACGUCACCCACCAGACGGCGUUCGACAGUGCCGGCUCCGAUCACUUCGGUUUUGAGAACGACAGCGUGGAAGUCCUGGAGAAGUGCCCCACCAAGACGUCAGUCCUGGCGCUCUCCGUCACCUGCGCCCUGCUGGUCCUCAUCUACGUGUGCAGCAUGUUCUACCUCUUCAUGAAGCGGUGGAUGACGCGCAACAACAAAGUACUGUAGCCGGACCG